AAAGUCCUUAAUUGUGUACUUAAGUUGGUAAUUUCCUUCAACUUAUAAAUAAUGGGGAUUCCAGUUGUUGAUUUUUCAAAGGUUGAUGGAAAGGAGAGAGCCGAUACUCUGGCUCUGAUUGAUCAUUAUUGUCAAGAGUGGGGAUUCUUUCAGUUAAUCAAUCAUGGCAUCUCUGAGGACCUCCUGGACAGGGUGAAGAAGGUGGCCACUGAAUGCUAUAAGCUAGAAAGGGAGGCAGGUUUCAAGAACUCAAAACCAGUCCAGUUGCUAAAUCAACUGCUAGAAAAUAAUAGCAAUGCGAAAAUAGAGAAUGUGGAUUGGGAGGAUGUUUUUCUACUCUCGGAUGAGAAUGAUGUUGAGUGGCCAUCAAAAACACCUGGUUUCAUAGAAACCAUGAAGGAAUACAGAACUGAGCUGAAGAAAUUAGGACAUAAAGUCAUGGAAAUAAUGGAUGAAAAUUUAGGUUUGCCAAAAGGCUAUAUUAAGAACACUUUUGAUGGUGGAGUAGAGAAUACUGCAUUUUUUGGCACCAAGGUGAGCCACUAUCCACCGUGCCCCCACCCAGAGAAGGUAAAUGCUCUUCGAGCCCACACCGAUGCUGGGGGCGUCGUCUUGCUCUUCCAAGAUGAUGAGGUGAAAGGCCUUCAAAUGUUGAAAGAUGGGGUUUGGACUGAUGUGCAACCUUUGAAAAAUUCUAUAGUCAUCAAUACAGGUGAUCAGAUUGAAGUUUUGAGCAAUGGGAGGUACAAGAGUAUUUUACAUCGAGUUGUGCCACAAACAGAUGGACAAAGGAGGUCAAUUGCUUCAUUCUAUAAUCCAUCACUCAAGGCAACCAUAGCACCCGCUCCACCACUGCUCGGUCCCGAAGUGGAGAACAAGGCGAGCGACCCAGCCAAGUACCCCAAGUUUGUAUUUGGGGACUACAUGUCCGUUUAUCUCGAACAAAAAUUCCAACCUAAAGAACCAAGAUUUCAGGCUGUAAAAGCCGUGUAAGAAUCUAAAACAAUUGCUGGGGAUGUUGCAUGAGACUUUAGGGAUGUGUGUUGAGAAAUUAUGCAAUGUGUGUGUGUGUUUGCGCUUGUGUGUUUGUGUUAUGAAGAUGGGUUCGGGUUUGUCCUUGUAGCAAAAUGCUUUAUUUGAGCAUAUGCUUCUUCCCUUGUACGUCUAUGAAUGGUAUGGAAAUAAAUAAAGUGUCCAUCUUGUCUUCUAUCUGGAAUAGUUCAAUUGUUCUUUUUUUUUUUCUUUUUUUGA